AUGGAAAAAUCCAACGCUGACGCGGUUUUCAAAAAACAAAAAAUAGCCUGUGGAAAAUUCUUUCGUGAAAACCUCCCCGAAGAUGUGUCUAAGCCAGUUCGGGAGGAUAAAAGGCCCCAAAAUUUGAGAGAGCUCGAAUGUCAUGUCUAUGAUAUAACAGGAUUUGAUGCUGAAAAGGUUGUCGCACUCCUCUCUCGUAUCGUAAACGACCGGCAGGAGUUUAAGGAAGGCAAGACCUUUUACUUGCUUUUAAACAGCCAUGGGCCUAGGCAGGAUGACAAUAGAGAGAAGUUCUUCAAAUUUGCACCAUACCCUUUCAUAAACCAACCUGGCAAUGCCAGAGUGUCUCGGGGGCUAAGAAAAGGACUAACUUACGAAAAGUUGAACGCAGACUUGAAGAGCGAAUACGAUGGAAACACACAAUUAUUCGCACAGCAUAUCAAGAGCUUAUUUCAGGACAACUCAGUGGUACUUGAAAAUGAUCCACAAGCCACCUAUGAAGUCUACAUUCUUUUGCUUUUUGAAAUAGCUCGACGCCUUGUUAAGGAGAACGCGCCGACUGAAAAGAAAAAAAAAUUGGACGAUCUUCCGAUUGGCAGCGCCAUCGCAAGGUCAGUAAAAUUAUUGGAGCUUGGCAAAGAAGAAACGUGCAGCUUUGACGAUGUCUUUUGUUCAAGUUCUAAGAAAUUUUACUGCUACACGGGUGAACCCGAAGAGAGGGAGGAAGCAAUCCACAGGAUCAACGAGACCGCUCUUUCCCAAAUAGAGCAAAUGAAUCAUCGCGAAGAGCUUGAAGAAAUGUUCCGCUCAAGUCCAGAUGCAGAUGAGCUUGCUGACCGAUUUGGAAAUAUGGUUGUGCAGGAGGAGAGUGGGAACGAUACAGAAAGUGAUUAA